UAAUGUAAUAACUGAGGAAACAUGUUAAAUCUGUAGACGUUAGACAUCUAUUCCUUUUAAUUUCGAAAAUUUUUUCUUUGGCGUUUUGGAGCAAAUACCCUAUCAUUUCCAAUUUAUAAACAAAAACUGACGUUGUCUUCUGGAGGCUUCUCACAUCCUCCUCAAAAUGCUUGACUGACAAUAGGCCUUGGGCUGGGCUGAAACCGCAAUACUUAAAAUGUAAAUGUACAAGGACAAGGGGUUUGGAAGGAAGUUCUAAAUUGGUUAGAAGUGAGGCUAACGACAACUAAGAUUGAAAGCGUCCACCCAGUGAGGCCAGGGAUCGUGUGCCCCAAUCCCAGCGUCAGCUCCCCAAACCGGGAGAUCCGCGAGGCCCGCCGCCUACCCGGCUGAAGCCCCGCCCGCCCACAGGCCCCGCCCAGCCGCACCGAGGCUCCGCCCCGCCCAGGCGGUUCCUCCGGCCUCACUGAGGCUCCGCCCCCACAGGCCCCGCCCCGCCGCGAAUGCUGCCAUAGAAACCCAGAAAGGGACAUGGCUGCCGCCGGCCUGAGAGAAAAGUUUUGGAUACUGCCGGCGGCUGCCCUACCCUCGUCACCGUCAUUUUCACCACAGGCGGCAGCUCCCAUCCGAGGGAAGCCUAAGAAAUGGCUGGUCUAUCCGCAUCCACCGAAGAGCUCCCGCCUGUCUCGGUCGGUUCUGCGCUGGCUCCAGGGCCUGGAUCUCACCUUCUUCCCCAGGAACGUCAACAGGGAUUUUUCAAAUGGUUUCCUGAUUGCAGAAAUAUUCACUAUAUAUUACCCCUGGGACCUUAAAUUGUCAUCCUUUGAAAAUGGAACUUCUUUGAAAGUCAAGUUGGAUAACUGGGCACAGUUGGAGCAGUUCCUGGCAAGAAAAAAAAUUAAAUUACCUAAAGAGCUAAUCCAUGGAACAAUUCAUUGCAAAGCUGGAGUACCUGAAAUCCUGAUCCAAGAGGUUUAUACCUUGUUAACACAUCGAGAAAUUAAAAGUAUCCAGGACGACCUCGUGAAUUUUACAGACUAUAGUUACCAGAUGCGUUUGCCCCUAGUUCCUCGGUCUACAGCUUCAAAGUCGAUUAAAGAUAACAUCAGGUUAUCAGAAAUAAUAAGCAAUCCCAACAUGCUCAGCAAUGAACUUAAAGUAGAGUUCCUCUUACUUCUACAAAUGUUGCAAAGAAAAUUAAGCAGAAAACUGAAUCCAAAAUGGUUUGAGGUCAAACCAACAGUCGGAGAACUUACUCUCGAUCGUCUUCCUCCCAAAGUCUCUGGGUGCAAAUACGAUGCCAUGAUUUCAAGGGCAGUCCUCGCUCCUGCUUUACGAAAUACAGGUACUGGUGGCAAUCCACUUAAGAAACUUAUGUGAAGCAAGCUGGAAAACAUUCUUUUGAAUCUGCUAGGAAAUCUAUCAGAAACAAGGAAAAGUAAGCUUGAAAAGCACCCGUCUAAUGGCCUCGAAGAAGUGAUGCCCCAUCUACUAAGCGGAUAGAAUUACCUAGUCUUGGAUAU